UAUUGUGGCCAGAACAAUGCGGGCACGCAGGGCAGGGCUUAAAAGGAUAGGCACAGGCGACCAGGCACACAGUGGAUGCCUGUGAAGUGAGGGAACUGCUGAAAAACCAAGGAGGACUGUGCAAUCCCAGGCUGCUCCUUGAUGCUGUACACUCUAGCAGGUGGGGGCACACUUUGUGGUGUGGCUGCCCUAGUGCUGCUGAUUGUCUCUACAUCGACCGAUUUUUGGAUGCAAUAUCGCUACUCUGGAAGUUCAGCCAAUCAAGGCCUCUGGAGGUUUUGCAUCAAUCACAAGUGCCAUGCUCACACUGUCACUGUUGCAUUCUGGGAUGCAACUCGAGCCUUCAUGCUGCUGUCUGUUCUGAGCUGCUUUGCUGGGGUGCUGCUGGGCCUCAGCGCCUUCGCCAAUGGAACCAGUAGACGAGUGAGGACUGGAGGAAUUGCACUGAUACUCUCUGGGUUCCUUGCACUGUUAGCUUUGUCCAUAUAUACAGGGGUCACUGUUAACUUUUUUGGCAAGCGGUUCCUUGACUGGCGCUUCUCCUGGUCCUACAUCUUGGCCUGGGUGGGCAUCAUCUUGGCCUUUGCUGCUGGGGUGUUCCAGAUGUGCGCUUAUCAGAAGAAUGCCACUGGGCCACCUACUCCCAACAUUGCAGAAAGCUAAACACACUCGCUUCCAAAUCACCACCACAUGACCCACAUCACAAACAGCUAAACAUCCUCAUCUCCACAUCACCAUCACACUACCCAACAUCACAGAAAGAUAAACACAUUCACCUCCAAAUUAACAUCACACAACCCAUCAUGACAGACAGCGAAACACACUCACCUCUAAAUCACUGCCACACCCAAAAUCUCAGGUAACUGGACACACUCACCUUCCAAUCACCCUGACAUAAAGUAUACUUCCCCAGAGUGUAGUCCAUAACCCAUAUUAAAUUUACCCUUUUUUGGCUUGCAAUUUGGCUGGUUCAUGUGAAAACAUGUACCAGGUAGUAUCUGUGAGAUCUCACAAAACAGUAUUUCGGAGUGUCUCUCAAAACAAAUUACAGUUUUGUUUCAUGUUGAAAAUCUCAUGAUUGGAACUUCGGCCAGUUGGAAAUCAUUGCCAUUCCUUUGUCUCCUAAUGUGUCAAUGGCAAUUCAAGUGCCCCAUAACACCUGACAAUUACGACCAUGGAGACUGGCUCCCAACUGAUAGCUCAUUUUUUCACUAAACAAAGUCAGGUAAUUUUCCACAACCAUGAGCCAUGAUCAUAAUCAUUAGAACAAGUAAAAAAAAAAAAAAAAAAAAGAUCUGAUUACAGAAGCAAAAUUUGGAAUUCUGGUAAAAAAAAACAAAAAAAAAAAACAGUAAAAAUUUCAAGUAGUCACAUACAGUAUUGUGUUUGUGAAAUGAGCCCCUGAAUAGAAACCCAACAAUAACAAUAGAAUUGUUCAUUAUACUUGCCUGAACUAGCUUUGGCCAAAAAAUAAAAGGACAAUUUACAGUCAA